UAUUAAUAUAGCUCCAAAUGUAAUUCUCUCAGUUGCAGUGACUACAAGACUCUCUCUCUCUCUGUAUAGCUUAAAAGGAAUUAGUUCAAAGGUCAGUGACAUUGACCGUCUGCUCAGCACUCACUUCCUGUUUAGCAGAGCAUGGGUUUAUGAUAAUAUUUACCAGCAAGCAUUUUUUCCCUCAAAAGUAUUGAAUGUAGUUAAACAUUGAUUAGAAUAGAACUAUUUCCUAUUCGCUUCACCAUAUGUAGAGAUUCAAAACACAUUUUAACAUCCAUUAGCACCUUCUCUGAACUGUUAUUUGCUAACAGUUCAGCGAAGGUGAACAAAUACUUGGUAUGUUAUACAAUUUUGAGAAUUUCUUUUUAACCUAUUACUUAUGUGACAGGCUGCAGCUCUGUGCAUGAUUUAAUUUUCCAAUGUGACAGAACUGAAAAUGAGGAUCAUUUUUGCAUCGACAAACCUCCUAACAUUGACUGAUCCAAUUUGCAAAUCUCGUCAUCCAGAAUUAGCUUGUUUUGGUGAGUGUGCAAGGAACCAUGGGAUGCAAAGGCUUAUGCAGAAACCGCACGAGGAGGAGUAUAAAAACGCAGUCCUCAGCCGUCUGCUCACUAAGUCCCUUCAGGAGUUUUACAGACCAUCGGAUCUAUUACUCACUGUAUUAACCUACAACUAUAAACAUGGUUCUUGAGGACCCUGACAUGGAGUGUGUUUUUGAGAUUGAAGCUGUUGAGCAGGAUGUGGAGACCCCGUAUGGCAAAGUCCGCUGCACCUUGAAGGGAGUCCCCAAAGGGGACCGUCCUGUCAUCCUGACCUUCCAUGACAUCGGGCUGAACCACAAGAACUGCUUCGACCCGCUGUUCACCCACGAGGACAUGCAGGAGAUCACGCAGCACUUCGCCGUGUGUCACGUGGACGCGCCCGGGCAGCAGGAGGACGUCCCCGCCUUCCCCGCCGGGUAUGAGUAUCCUUCUAUGGAUCAGUUGUCUGAGAUGCUUCCUGUGGUCCUCAAGCAGUUUGGCCUGAAGACUGUCAUUGGUAUGGGUGUUGGUGCCGGGGCCUACAUCCUUGCCAAAUUUGCUCUGGACUACCCGGCGAUGGUAGAUGGCCUGAUGCUGAUCAACAUUAACCCGUGCGCUGAAGGCUGGAUGGACUGGGCUGCACACAAGAUCAGUGGAUGGGCUCACGACUUGCCUGACAUGAUCAUCACCCAUCUGUUUGGGAAGGAGGAAAUCCACAACAACCAUGACCUGAUCGCAACAUACCGCCACCACAUCCUGCACGACGUCAACCAGACCAACCUCCACCACUUUGUCAAGACCUACGAGAGCCGAAGAGACCUGGAGGUCGAGCGACCCAUCCCUGGAGGACACGUGCAGGCACGGACCCUGAAGUGUCCCACUCUGUUGGUUGUGGGCGACAGCUCCCCUGCCGUCGACGCCGUGGUGGAAUGCAACACAAAACUGGACCCAACAAAGACCACGCUGCUCAAGAUGGCAGACUGCGGUGGCCUACCCCAAGUUGAUCAGCCAGCAAAACUGACGGAAGCCUUCAAGUAUUUCAUUCAGGGCAUGGGCCACAUGCCCGCUGCCAGCAUGACCAGACUGGUGCGCUCUCGCACGGCGUCCGGCUCCAGCGUCCACUCCUUCGACGGCAACCGCAGUCGCUCGCACACCAACGAGGGCACGCGCAGCCGCUCGCACACGGCCGACGCCCACCGCGCCCACCCGCACGUCGACUCCACCGCCGAGAGCAACGUGGACCAGGCCGUGCCCAAGUCCACCGAAGUGUCCUGCUAGAGCCCUCCGCCCGCGGCCCCCGCCCACAACACCGCCCACAGCCCCGCCCACCGCCUGCGCUGCCCUGCUCCACUCCUAAAUAACCAAGCAAAGACUGGAUGCGAUCCCAGUAUCUCCUCUCUGCACCCAGACACGACAUUCCCCGAGUUCAAGUGUUGCUCCCAUUUUGUCAUACCAAAGAGAGUCAAGGGUAGGGCCACCGUGUCUUCUCAAGCCUCUCGAAAGGGGCCGAGACUGUUACGCGACAUCACCUUCGACCGCGUCGUUAAAGGUGAUGGCGCUCAGGGAAAGCCGACGUUGUUGUUCACGCGCUGCUUCCUCAGGAGCAGUCCCCCCCGAGCAGGCACAUUUGUUUUUGCGAGCAGGGCAGUAAGGGCGCUCCUGGAGGAAUGUGUUGGAGAAACCUUUGCUUGUAAGCAAUGCACAAUAAUCAACUGUCCAGGUUUAAUGACCAGUGUACUUUCUCCACUUUAGUGUUUUUAAUUUAGUUUGUGUUCAGUGUUGGUUACUGACACAUUACAGCUAGCUCCAAUGCAGAAAAUGGCUGAUUUUGUUCUUGAACUCUGAACUUGAUAACGGUCUUGGUGUCUGAUUUAUCAUUCAGUAAAACUUUCACUUAAAAGUGGAUAUGAUCUCACAAGGUGGAGAAAUUACUUGUGGAACCGUUUGGAUCAAAUGAGAGCAGUCUGACUAAAUAGCUUUUCAUUCUUAAAUGUACAGUACUACAAUAAUUUUGUUGAUUACCCAGGACUUCCUGAUUACUGCGUUUUAUGGCAUUGUCUGUCACCUUUAAUGCUUUAAAAUAUCUUUUAACUACCAGCAUGGAAUGAUUUUAGCCAUCGCUUUUGGGGAAAAUGAUAAAGAAGCUGUUUUUGUCUUCUAUUGAGCUUACAGUCAAUCAGUCAAAAAGGAAAAAAAAUUGCAUUAACGAUUUUGCAAUCGUGUUCUAAUUGCAGGUAAACUGCUUCAGGCAAUAGAAAUGUUCAGGUUGUUUAUUUUUUAUAUAAAUUAUAGGUUUUUCUAUGCAAGUAAUAACAACAACAGAACAGAAUUGUGCCAUGGAACCCUAAAGUUGCAUUUAACUCUUAUUGAUGGUUUCAGGGCAGUGCUAAUCAAAAGAUAAAAUGAUGAAACACUAGCAUACAUUUGGCUUCUUGCUGAACUCUGAUUACUCUUUUCCUCGCACAAUGGCAUUUGCUACCAGCUUUCUAGAAGAAAAAAAAAAAACGAUUAGCUUUGUAAAGAUGCAAAACUGCCUACUGUAGGUGGGAAGUUUUCUUAAUGACAUAACAUUUGUAUUUAUUAAAAAAUUUGUAACUGCA